AUGUCAUCGCAACCCCCUGCCAUCAUCGAUCGGCAACCCUGGCUCCAUCGCGUCUUGUUGCUAUGGCUCGACCCUCUCUUUCGCCUCGGGGCUACUCGACCUCUCGUGGACAGCGACAUCUGGCACCUGGGUGCCCAAGAUACUGCAGUGCGACUAAGCCGCCGGUUCGCUCGCCACUGGGGCACGGCACACGACCGCCGUCCGUCGUCCCUCGUCCGAGACAUCUGCCGCACGUUUGCCCGUGAAAUGACCGUCGUGACAACGUUAUCUGUGGCCUACUCCCUUCUGGUGCAAUAUCAACCCCCGUUGAUUCACUUGCUUAUGACUGUGGUCACUCGUUCGGAUGACACCAUCGACGAUACCUCUGGGUAUUGGUACGCGGCGUUGUUGGCCGUGGUGUCGUUGGUGUCGGUGACGAUCUUGGACUCGUCCUUUUUCGUCACGGCCCAGCUCGCGACUAACGUCAAGACAGUCGUGAUGGACUUGGUACUGUCUCAGUCGUUGCACUGUCCUGACGCGGCCACGUCAUCGGGUGACGUGAUCACGAUGGUCGCGGUGGAUUCCACGCGUCUGUUUGUCGGUUUCGUCGCCCUCCCGUGGCUUGUGGUGCCCGUGGUGACCCUACCCCUCUUGUACACCGCCAUCGGGUCCAUGAUGGGGUGGCAAGUAGGGGUCGCGGGGGGGCUCACGCUGCUCGUGGUCAUGGCUGGUGGCUACUACUUUGCCCAUGCCGCCGGCAACCUCCGCCAUGACCUCAUGGCAGCCCAAGCGGCUCGUGUGAAAGCCACCGAUGAGCUCCUCGCUGGCAUUCGCGUGGUGAAAAUGUACGGGUGGGAAGCCAGCCUCGAGAACCGAGUGACAAGUCUACGGGAUGCGGAGCUCGCGUUGCAGCACACGUACCAGUUUGGCAGCGAACUGAACGCGAUCGGACUGCUGGUGGCCCCCACGCUGUCGCUCAUGGCGUGCGUCGUCGUGUAUGUCGUUGGUCUGGGGCAUGCCUUGACGCCGACGGUCGCGUUUACUGCCAUGGCGUACGUUAACAUUGCCAGAUUGCCGUGCAAUUUGUUUGCGUUUGCCGUGAUGCGCGUCACGGAGGCGGUGACGUCUGCCCAUCGCAUUGAAGCGUUCAUUCGAUCGUCACCUGCCACGAUACCGUCGGCAGCUAGUACUACUAGUACAUCUAGUACUACUAGCAUUGCUGACGACGACAUGGUUGCCGAGGCCGUGGUGGACAUGCACGAGGCAUCGUUCGCAUCGACCAAUCAACCAAGGGUGGACCCAUUAACCCCCCCCCCAUCGUCGUCGCGUUCAGCUUGCAUCCUCCAUCAGCUGAACUUGACCAUUCUGCAGCACCAAUUGACCAUGAUUGUGGGGCCAGUGGGCAGUGGCAAGUCGAGUGUUCUCAAAGCGAUUUUGGGGGAGCUAGAGCUUGUGGCUGGUCACAUGGAGGCGACUACUACUCGCGUGGCGUACGCGAGCCAAGAGCCGUGGCUACAACAGACCACCAUUCGAAGCAACAUCACGUUUCAAUCCGACAAUGCAAACAUAUCGGACCACUACGCGACCGUUCUGUCUGCGUGUCAGUUGCUGCCCGACUUGGCCUCGUUUCCCCAAGGCGACUGCACUGUGCUGGGGGACCGAGGGGUGAAUCUCAGCGGCGGUCAAAGAGCUCGGGUGGCCCUCGCGCGAGCCAUGUACCGCCAAGAUGCCGACCUGGUGCUCCUGGACGAUCCACUGAGUGCGCUCGACAGCCACGUGGCAAAGACAGUGUUUGAACAAGGUAUUCGGGGGGUGUUAGCCGAGAAAUCGGUUAUCCUUGUGCUCAACAGUCACUACCACUUGUUGCCGUUUGCAGACACUAUUGUUGUGAUGGAGGGCGGUCGAGUUGUGCGACAAGGGUCGUUUGCGACGAUGCAGCAGCACUUGACAUCGUUAAGCUAUCCACAAACGUCCAAGACUUGUCCGCCACCAACGACCCUGGCGGACCAACUUCGUCCACUAGCUUCCCCCAACCCUACGUCAACGUCGUCGCCUGUACGAACGGCCAAUCCAUUGAAAACUCGACCACCCGUAGACGAAUCAUCACCGUUGUUGGUGGUCGCGCCAACCAGUGACGUGGCUCUGGAUACAUACGUGGCAUACUUUGACGCGAGUGGGUGGCACGGCAUCUCCGUCAUGGCGGGGGUCGGCGGCAUGUACUUGCUGUCCCAAGGCGUGGUGGUGGCUGCCGAUGCGGCUUUGACAUCCGUCACCACCUUUUGUCUCUAUGUGGCUCUGGCAGUAGCCGCCAUGCUCUUACUGUUCACGCGGGGCAUCUGUGCGCUGCUGUUGAACCUGGCAUGUGCCAAGACGCUGCACCGCCAGCUCCUGCACGCGGUCGUGUCGGCACCCGUGCCGACCUUCUUCGAUGUGACCCCUCUUGGCCGCAUCCUCCAUCGGUUUACGAGCGACCUCUUCGACGUCGACAGCCGCAUGCCGACGUCCGCCGUGUACCUGCUGCAGUGUCAGUUCCAAGUGCUGGGCAUUGCAGUCGUGUGUGGCGCCGCGUUGCCCUGCUCCAUCGUCUUCUGUGCCCCGCUGACCCUACUCGUGACUCGCAUAUACACCCGGUUCAGCCACACGUCGCCAGCUCUGACCCGCCUCGCAGCUGCCCAUCGAGCGCCAUUUGUAGCGUUCGCGACGGAAACCCUCCGCGGCCUCUCGACCAUUCGAGCGUUCGACCAGACUGAGCACUUUGAAACGAAUGGACGGCGGCUGCUUGACAAGGCGCAAAGCUACCUCCUCGUGCAAUUCCUAGCAUCCCGAUGGCUGCAAAUGCGAAUGGACGGACUGUCGGCAGGCAUGGUAGCCGCCGUCGCGUUCUGUUGUGUCUGGUCGCGGGCGACCGUGGGCGUCGUCGGCGCCGGGUUGGCCUUGACGUAUGUCACGCAGCUGUCUGGCUUCCUCUCCCGAGCUGUCAUGGGCCACGCCGAAGUGGCCGAGCACAUGACGUCUGUGGAACGGAUGGUUGAGUACAUUGGGAUAAAGUCCGAGGGGGCAAAGUCCGAGGGGCCAGUGGGGGGGUCCCGCUCGACCACCGCCCUAGCUGAGUGGCCAUCGCAGGGCGCGGUGACGUUUGCAAACUACUCGAUGCGGUACCGCGCCGGGUUGGAGCUGUCGUUGAAACACGUGAGCUUGAGCGUCCGGGGGGGGGAGAAGGUUGGCAUCUGCGGGCGGACGGGGGGCGGCAAGUCGUCGCUCCUGGCGGCGCUCUUCCGGACGGUGGAAGCAGCUAGUGGACGCAUCAUGAUUGACGGCGUGGACAUUGCGACUGUCGACUUGGCGACCCUUCGGUCGAGACUGACCAUUAUUCCGCAGGACCCGGUGGUGUUCAGCGGGUCGGUGCGGUUCAACUUGGACCCAACUCUGACGACAGACGACGCCGAGUUGUGGCAUGUGCUGCGCCAAGUGCACUUGGCCGACGUGGUCGGGCUCGACUAUGACGUGGCAGAACACGGAGCAAACUUGUCUGGUGGCCAGAGGCAGUUGCUGUGCAUUGCACGCGCGUUGCUCCGCAAGUCCAAGGUGGUCGUGCUGGACGAAGCCACGGCCAACAUCGACGGCGACACGGACCGGCUCAUCCAGGACACGCUGCGGGCCAACUUUCACCACGACAACGUCACCAAGCUCGUGAUCGCCCACCGCGUCCACACGAUUCUCGACAGCGACCGCAUUUUGGUGCUCCAGGACGGGUCCGUCGUCGAGUUUGACACGCCCGUCGCCCUCCUCGCGAUCGAAAACGGCGUGUUCAAAGCAUUGGCAGCGCACGCUGGGGCGACAUUGCCUUGAGUUCGUGUCCCUUCAUGUAGUGAGAUGAUAGAUACCCAAUGCUAUGAUCGUCGUCAUAAGUACUACUCCGG